AUGGGGAGGCAACCAUGCUGCGAUAAGUCAGCAGUGAAGCGAGGUCUCUGGACACUUGACGAGGAUCAGAAACUCACCAAUUUCAUCCUCCGCAAUGGCAUCCAUUGUUGGCGCCUCGUGCCGAAGCUUGCAGGUCUGAUGAGAUGUGGGAAGAGUUGCAGAUUGCGAUGGAUUAAUUACCUUCGUCCCGACCUCAAACGAGGAGCCAUUUCUCAAGAAGAAGAGGACCAAAUCAUCCAACUCCAUUCGCGCUUCGGUAACCGGUGGUCCAAGAUAGCAUCGCAUUUCCCUGGCCGCACUGACAAUGAAAUCAAGAACCACUGGAACACCCGGAUCAAGAAGAGAUUUAAACUCCAGGACUCCAAUCCAGUGACUCGUAAACUCAUCGAUCAUCAGCUCUCCGGCAUUUCUUCACAAGCCUCUGCUUCACGAGCCAAAGAGAUGGGCACGGAUGUCGACGUUUCAGAAAUCGCAGUAAACCUGGAGGAUAGAUUUAAUCCGAGUCAGAGCAAUUGGAUUGUUGACACUUUUGGAAGCUGCAACUCUUCCUUCACGACUGAUGACUCGCUCUUACCUGCUUCCACACACACUGUUCUUAGUAUGAGUGAUUCUUUUCCGCCAUGGGAGACCAUGAACCACCCCCUCUUAGACCAUUUCUAUUAUGAGAGCAUGCUAUGAGCUAUCAAACUCCUGAUAUUGAUCAGAACUAGCUAGUGAAGUUUUUUUUUUUUUCAAAUAACUUCAGUUUGCAGUCCCAUCACU